GGGCGGCGCCUUGUGGCCGUGUCUGCGUCGUCCUGGGUCUUUUUGGGAGGGCCGUCUUGGGUUUCUUGCCGUGCUGGCUCAAGCUCGGUGCAUGCCGAGAGUGCGCGGCCGCUCAAGACGACACAGCCGCAGCACACCGUUCAAGGAUUUGAGCACGCAGCACGAGCCGCCUCAUGCACAGGGACCGCGGAGACCCCUGCGCAUACCACGAAAUCAGGCUCGUCGUCAAGAACUGCUCCGUGGAGGUGGAGGAGCAGGGCGUCGAUUCUAGGCUGCGCCGCAGCAGGAGCGACGGUAAUCUUCGGGGCGCCACUGCUGGGCCGCUUGAGCACGAUGGUUCAGCAGGAAGGCCUGCGCACACGGACGACGGUCACACUGGCAGCGUCGGCCACCAACCCCUUGAGCACAAUGACUCAGCAGGAGGGCUUGCGCACACGGUCGGCGGUCACAGUGGCAGCGCAGCCGGGAGCGCUGCGGACCUGCAAGAGUCGCCAGUCUCACCGCAGGGUAGCAGCUGCUCCUGGGGAGAGCUCAGCUGCUGCAGCCAAUACAAUCUCAGCGGGUGCUCCGGGCAUGACAGCCAGGACGAGAGCUGCGAAAGCACCACUUCGGCGCCCGCUUACCGCAGCCCCUGGACCGGGGAGGAGUGCGAGGCGGAGUGGCUGCGAGGCAAGGAGGAGCAGCACGGCGCCGGCACCUGCAAACCGUGCCUGUACUUCAAGACCAGGGUGGGCUGCACGAAGGGCCUGCAGUGUAGCUUCUGCCACCUGCCGCACGAGGAGCUGAGGCAGAAGGCGGCGCGGCCGUGCAGGCAGGCGAGGCUGCAGUGCAAGCAGCUGCUCGCGAAACUGGGCGGCUGGCGCGAGGGCGAGUCGGCUGCCGCGGUGGUGCGGCCCGUCGUUCGCGACCUGGACCAGCACGCCCUGUGCAUGCUCAGCCUCUGCGGGGCGCGAGGGCCCCGGCGCGGGGGCCCGGGGCGAGGUGGCAGCGGCAGCGCGGGGCGAGGGGGCAGCAGCACGUGCUCGGCCUCCUCCGCGGGCGGCUUUCCCCAGGCGGCCGAAAGCCCGCCGCAGCGGCCGCCGCCGGGCGAGUGCCCGCCGUAGGCGGCGGCCGCGCAGCGGCAGCUGCAGGGGUGCGUGCCCAGGCCUCGGGCGCGCCUCGAGAAAACAAACAACAAAAUCGAGGUGAAGAGGUUUUGCCUCGUUCUCAAAAGCAUCGGGACGUCGGAUGUCUGGGUGUGCGUGUGUGUGUGUGUGAAUAUCUUCGCUGCUCACUCCCUGGGUGCGCUCACUCGCACCUGGAGUCGAAGCGGCGUUCUGCCUGACUGCACAUGGUGUAUAGUCUUCGGUGUCGGAAGUACCCCCGCUUUUGGGAGCGCGGCACUCGCGAGUGCCUUCGUCCCAGUUCGCGGAGUGGGAUUCUUCCGCUCGCAGUGCUUGCGGCGUUGGAGGCGUGCGCUGCGGUGAAGCAGCAAGAGGUUGACGUAUCGCCCUUGGCAGAAGGGCGCGGAAGGUCGGCGGGAGCAGCAGAAGCAGAGUUGGGCGUCUCCACCAGCGGAAGCCCAGCGAGAGGCGGCGCAAGCGGAAGGUGACCCCCUGCCAGAGAGGUCAGCGCCAGCGUGUUUGGUGUUCCUGGAGCCAGUCAUGUUACAUGCUCUAACCCUCGAAGAAGAAAAAAGGUCGUAAACAUCAAUUUUUUGGAGGGGGUCCAGCGCAGAUCCAAGAAAUCCGCGUGGAGCUCCAAAAGUUUAUGUUUACGCCGUUCUUCUUCCUCCAUUGCAUGCUCUCACCCGCCGCGGCUGCUUCUGUCCAUUGGGAGGGG